AUGGAAGACAAACCUCUCCCCAAGGGGUCCUUUCUGACCGUCCAACUGGUCGAGGCCCGUAACCUUGCGGCGAAGGGCCACGGCAAGAACGCGAACGGCUCCGUUCCCUACUGCAUGAUAACGCUGGGCGGCUCCCAAACGGCCAAGUCGCGAGUACACGAGAAGACGCUCAACCCCGUCUGGAACCAGACCUUCGACUUCCUGCCGGCGAAGCUGGGCGACUACCUCUACAUCGUGGUCAAGCACAAGACCCGCGCGCUCGUGGGCCUCUCUGUCGAUGGUGAUCUUCCCAACUUCAGGGACGAUUUCCUGGGCCAUUUGUCGCUACCGAUGACCGAAUUCUACGGCAAGCGCACAGUAGACAAAUGGUACACACUGUUGAAGAACUCGCCGAAGGCGCGCGUCAGCGGCGAAAUCCGACUCAAGAUCACUCUUGGCGUCCCUGGCCUCAAAUACGAGGAGGAGGAAGCGCCCCCGCCGAGCUUGGUCAAACAGGCGACGGCCCUCGACCUGGCCAUCGACGAAUGGGUCAUCACCGAAUCCAUCAAGUCCGGAACCCACCCCGCCGUCGAGGACGAGGCGACUGCGCCGGUUGCGCCACUCGAGGAAGACGACAAGGGCAAGGACAAAGGCAAGGACAAGGCCGACGAGGCCGAGGCCGAGGCCGGCUCGGACCCGGACAUGGGCACGGACGACAUCAGCAGCGAAAGCGAAAGCGAAGACGAAGCCGAGGAGGCGCAGUGGAAGCAGCGCGAGGAGGAGGCCAAGAAGCGGCGACUGGCCGAGGAGGAGAUGAAGCUGCGGGCGGAGGAGGAGGAAGCUGGCCGCGAGGCCGAGGCCGAGGAGGCCAAGCGCGAGAAGCUGCGGCAGGCGCUCCAGGCCAAGCGCCUGCGCAAGAUCGAGAAGGAGAUCCACGACCUCAAGGAGAUCUACGACGUCGACACCUCCUGCCUGGGAAGCAGCGACGAGCGCUGCAUCUUCCUCAACCUCCACCUGCCUGUGGGCUACCCGGAGGAGAGGCCGACGGUGGAGCUGGAGGGCUCGUUCGGCGAUUUCAAGGAGGGCAUCAUCGCGGCGUUCGUCGACUACGGUAACGAGUAUGCGGCCAACCGCCACAAGGGUCUCGUCGACAUCGUCAACUUCUUCGUCAUCAACUAUGAGCGCAAGUUCAACAAUGCAGGUCGCGCUGGCUUGGCGCAAUCGGCCGCGGGCCGUGGACUGCUCACCGCGUCCAACGUGAACGGUGGCGGCCGAGCGCUCAACCGAUCGGCGUGGCUCACUGCAUCCCUCUACGUGCCCCACACCGAGGAUUAUGAGGAGGAGGUGGGCGAGAUAGAGACCUCCGAGACGCCGACUACCACCGCCGCCGCCGACGGCGACUACGACGACUGGGACAACGAGGGCUACUUCUUCGUGCGCAACAAGAACGACCCGCUCGAGCUCCACACCAAGCAAGUCCAGAAGAUCUUCGGCGCCUACUCCAUCCACUUGCUGCGCGAGUUGAAUGAGGUGGUGAUCUUCCUCGAGCCCUCGUUCCUCCAGGAGGAGAUGGCCUUUGCCCUGGGCAUCCUCAAGGACCGACCGAUUACCGUGACGCUGACCUUCCAGGAGGACUACCUCCGCUCUUCCUACUUGCCCAGCGUGAAGGUGGAGCAGGACGAGAAUCCCAAUUUCCGCAUGCGCCCGCAGCUGGCCGAGAUCACGUACCAGUUCCUCCAGCAGUACUGGCCGCUGCGCUUCGACUCGGCCGCCGUGCUCGCCGGCAUCCGCGAAAAGAUCACCCAGCACGAAGUCGAGGCGGCUGCGGUGGUUGUGAAGUCGCAGGCCGCUUCGAAGCCUCCUCCGGCCCCCGUGGCACCGAUGCCGCCCGUUGCCCAGCCCUCCACGCCGCCCACCACCUACAGCGACGCCCUCGCGCGCAACCUUUGUUCCUACAUCAUCAGCGGUCGGAGCUACGUCCCUCAGGUGUGGUACAAGUGUCUCACGUGCACGCCCGACGGCGGCAACCAGGGCUGCUGUCCGGCAUGCGCUAAAGAUGAGCAGCGUACGUCGCCCUUUCCCGCCUCCUCGACUACCUCUUCCCCGCCCUCGCUCCCCUUCCACCUCUACCCGCCCACCCACCCACCCGCCCGGCGGGCGCCCUAA